AUGUCUACUCUUCUGGAAAACAUCAUUGCCAUCAUUGACCUAUUCCAUCAAUAUUCAGACAAAGACAAAGAAACUGAAACACUGAGCAAAGAAGAGCUGAAGGAACUUCUGGAAGUAGAGUUUCGCCCAAUCCUGAAGAAUCCAGAUGACGUAGACACUGCUGAAGUCAUCAUGGACAUCCUUGACAUAGACCACAACCAAAAAUUAGACAUUGAAGAAUUUUUUCUAAUGUUACUCAAUUUGGCCAAAGCAUUCAAUGACUCUAAAAUGAGAAAGAACUUCCGAUCAUCAGGACAAAAACAGAAAAAGAAUGGACACCAAAAGAAACACGAAGAACGUGAUAUAAAGGAAAACGAGGAGGAAGAAGAAAAAGAGAGAAAAACCAGGCGUUCAAAGAGUGAUGGAAAGGGAGAAAAAGCAGAUUUUGAUAGCAGAACAAGACAGGGACAUAGUCAUCGACGCUCCACGGACACCUCUAGGCAGUCAGGCCCAAAACAUGCAGACACAUCCUCUCAGGGACACCACGGCUCAUCCCGUGGAUCGUCCGGACAGAGCACAGGAGGAAGACACCAGUCACAGCACGGCCAGACCCUUGACAGCCACACACACUCGGGCACUGGACGUGGACAAUCAGCUUCUGGGUCCAGGACCACCACACGUCGGGGAUCCACUAGCAGUCAGGCCAGCGACAGCGAAGGACACUCUGGCCAUUCAGGUAGACAGUCUGGCUCUACCCAUGACAGGACUGGAUCCACUUCAAGACAACACCCUGGGUCUAGCCAUGGCCAGUCAAGAGACAGUUCUACACACUCUGGCUCCCAUGGAGGGCACAGAGCCCAGCAUGGGCACCCUGAGGACACCCAGGGACACCCAGACUCUGAUGCAGGAACAAGACAGGGACAUAGUCAUCGACGCUCCACAGACACCUCUAGGCAUCAUGCAGACACAUCCUCUCGGGGACACCACGGCUCAUCCCGUGGAUCGUCCGGACAGAGCACAGGAGGAAGACACCAGUCACAGCACAGCCAGACCCUUGACAGCCACACACACUCGGGCACUGGACGUGGACAAUCAGCUUCUGGGUCCAGGACCACCACACGUCGGGGAUCCACUAGCAGUCAGGCCAGCGACAGCGAAGGACACUCUGGCAAUUCAGGUAGACAGUCUGGCUCUACCCAUGACAGGACUGGAUCCACUUCAAGACAACACCCUGGGUCUAGCCAUGGCCAGUCAAGAGACAGUUCUCCACACUCUGGCUCCCAUGGAUGGCAUAGAGCCCAGCAUGGGAACCCUGAGUACACCCAGGGACACCCAGACUCUGAUGCAGGAACAAGACAGGGACAUAGUCAUCGACGCUCCACAGACACCUCUAGGCAUCAUGCAGACACAUCCUCUCGGGGACACCACGGCUCAUCCCGUGGAUCGUCCGGACAGAGCACAGGAGGAAGACACCAGUCACAGCACGGCCAGACCCUUGACAGCCACACACACUCGGGCACUGGACGUGGACAAUCAGCUUCUGGGUCCAGGACCACCACACGUCGGGGAUCCACUAGCAGUCAGGCCAGCGACAGCGAAGGACACUCUGGCCAUUCAGGUAGACAGUCUGGCUCUACCCAUGACAGGACUGGAUCCACUUCAAGACAACACCCUGGGUCUAGCCAUGGCCAGUCAAGAGACAGUUCUACACACUCUGGCUCCCAUGGAGGGCACAGAGCCCAGCAUGGGCACCCUGAGGACACCCAGGGACACCCAGACUCUGAUGCAGGAACAAGACAGGGACAUAGUCAUCGACGCUCCACAGACACCUCUAGGCAUCAUGCAGACACAUCCUCUCGGGGACACCACGGUUCAUCCCGUGGAUCGUCCGGACAGAGCACAGGAGGAAGACACCAGUCACAGCACGGCCAGACCCUUGACAGCCACACACACUCGGGCACUGGACGUGGACAAUCAGCUUCUGGGUCCAGGACCACCACACGUCGGGGAUCCACUAGCAGUCAGGCCAGCGACAGCGAAGGACACUCUGGCAAUUCAGGUAGACAGUCUGGCUCUACCCAUGACAGGACUGGAUCCACUUCAAGACAACACCCUGGAUCUAGCCAUGGCCAGUCAAGAGACAGUUCUCCACACUCUGGCUCCCAUGGAUGGCAUAGAGCCCAGCAUGGGAACCCUGAGUACACCCAGGGACACCCAGACUCUGAUGCAGGAACAAGACAGGGACAUAGUCAUCGACGCUCCACAGACACCUCUAGGCAUCAUGCAGACACAUCCUCUCGGGGACACCACGGCUCAUCCCGUGGAUCGUCCGGACAGAGCACAGGAGGAAGACACCAGUCACAGCACGGCCAGACCCUUGACAGCCACACACACUCGGGCACUGGACGUGGACAAUCAGCUUCUGGGUCCAGGACCACCACACGUCGGGGAUCCACUAGCAAUCAGGCCAGCGACAGCGAAGGACACUCUGGCCAUUCAGGUAGACAGUCUGGCUCUACCCAUGACAGGACUGGAUCCACUUCAAGACAACACCCUGGGUCUAGCCAUGGCCAGUCAAGAGACAGUUCUACACACUCUGGCUCCCAUGGAGGGCACAGAGCCCAGCAUGGGCACCCUGAGGACACCCAGGGACACCCAGACUCUGAUGUAGGAACAAGACAGGGACAUAGUCAUCGACGCUCCACAGACACCUCUGGGCAUCAUGCAGACACAUCCUCUCGGGGACACCACGGCUCAUCCCGUGGAUCGUCCGGACAGAGCACAGGAGGAAGACACCAGUCACAGCACGGCCAGACCCUUGACAGCCACACACACUCGGGCACUGGACGUGGACAAUCAGCUUCUGGGUCCAGGACCACCACACGUCGGGGAUCCACUAGCAGUCAGGCCAGCGACAGCGAAGGACACUCUGGCCAUUCAGGUAGACAGUCUGGCUCUACCCAUGACAGAACUGGAUCCACUUCAAGACAACACCCUGGGUCUAGCCAUGGCCAGUCAAGAGACAGUUCUACACACUCUGGCUCCCAUGGAGGGCAGAGAGCCCAGCAUGGGCACCCUGAGGACACCCAGGGACACCCAGACUCUGAUGCAGGAACAAGACAGGGACAUAGUCAUCGACGCUCCACAGACACCUCUGGGCAUCAUGCAGACACAUCCUCUCGGGGACACCACGGCUCAUCCCGUGGAUCGUCCGGACAGAGCACAGGAGGAAGACACCAGUCACAGCACGGCCAGACCCUUGACAGCCACACACACUCGGGCACUGGACGUGGACAAUCAGCUUCUGGGUCCAGGACCACCACACGUCGGGGAUCCACUAGCAGUCAGGCCAGCGACAGCGAAGGACACUCUGGCCAUUCAGGUAGACAGUCCGGCUCUACCCAUGACAGGACUGGAUCCACUUCAAGACAACACCCUGGGUCUAGCCAUGGCCAGUCAAGAGACAGUUCUACACACUCUGGCUCCCAUGGAGGGCACAGAGCCCAGAAUGGGCACCCUGAGGACACCCAGGGACACCCAGACUCUGAUGCAGGAACAAGACAGGGACAUAGUCAUCGACGCUCCACAGACACCUCUAGGCAUCAUGCAGACACAUCCUCUCGGGGACACCACGGCUCAUCCCGUGGAUCGUCCGGACAGAGCACAGGAGGAAGACACCAGUCACAGCACGGCCAGACCCUUGACAGCCACACACACUCGGGCACUGGACGUGGACAAUCAGCUUCUGGGUCCAGGACCACCACACGUCGGGGAUCCACUAGCAGUCAGGCCAGCGACAGCGAAGGACACUCUGGCAAUUCAGGUAGACAGUCUGGCUCUACCCAUGACAGGACUGGAUCCACUUCAAGACAACACCCUGGGUCUAGCCAUGGCCAGUCAAGAGACAGUUCUACACACUCUGGCUCCCAUGGAGGGCAGAGAGCCCAGCAUGGGCACCCUGAGGACACCCAGGGACACCCAGACUCUGAUGCAGGAACAAGACAGGGACAUAGUCAUCGACGCUCCACAGACACCUCUGGGCAUCAUGCAGACACAUCCUCUCAGGGACACCACGGCUCAUCCCGUGGAUCGUCCGGACAGAGCACAGGAGGAAGACACCAGUCACAGCACGGCCAGACCCUUGACAGCCACACACACUCGGGCACUGGACGUGGACAAUCAGCUUCUGGGUCCAGGACCACCACACGUCGGGGAUCCACUAGCAGUCAGGCCAGCGACAGCGAAGGACACUCUGGCAAUUCAGGUAGACAGUCUGGCUCUACCCAUGACAGGACUGGAUCCACUUCAAGACAACACCCUGGGUCUAGCCAUGGCCAGUCAAGAGACAGUUCUCCACACUCUGGCUCCCAUGGAGGGCAUAGAGCCCAGCAUGGGAACCCUGAGUACACCCAGGGACACCCAGACUCUGAUGCAGGAACAAGACAGGGACAUAGUCAUCGACGCUCCACAGACACCUCUGGGCAUCAUGCAGACACAUCCUCUCGGGGACACCACGGCUCAUCCCGUGGAUCGUCCGGACAGAGCACAGGAGGAAGACACCAGUCACAGCACGGCCAGACCCUUGACAGCCACACACACUCGGGCACUGGACGUGGACAAUCAGCUUCUGGGUCCAGGACCACCACACGUCGGGGAUCCACUAGCAGUCAGGCCAGCGACAGCGAAGGACACUCUGGCAAUUCAGGUAGACAGUCUGGCUCUACCCAUGACAGGACUGGAUCCACUUCAAGACAACACCCUGGGUCUAGCCAUGGCCAGUCAAGAGACAGUUCUACACACUCUGGCUCCCAUGGAUGGCAUAGAGCCCAGCAUGGGAACCCUGAGUACACCCAGGGACACCCAGACUCUGAUGCAGGAACAAGACAGGGACAUAGUCAUCGACGCUCCACAGACACCUCUAGGCAUCAUGCAGACACAUCCUCUCGGGGACACCACGGCUCAUCCCGUGGAUCGUCCGGACAGAGCACAGGAGGAAGACACCAGUCACAGCACGGCCAGACCCUUGACAGCCACACACACUCGGGCACUGGACGUGGACAAUCAGCUUCUGGGUCCAGGACCACCACACGUCGGGGAUCCACUAGCAGUCAGGCCAGCGACAGCGAAGGACACUCUGGCCAUUCAGGUAGACAGUCUGGCUCUACCCAUGACAGGACUGGAUCCACUUCAAGACAACACCCUGGGUCUAGCCAUGGCCAGUCAAGAGACAGUUCUACACACUCUGGCUCCCAUGGAGGGCAGAGAGCCCAGCAUGGGCACCCUGAGGACACCCAGGGACACCCAGACUCUGAUGUAGGAACAAGACAGGGACAUAGUCAUCGACGCUCCACAGACACCUCUGGGCAUCAUGCAGACACAUCCUCUCGGGGACACCACGGCUCAUCCCGUGGAUCGUCCGGACAGAGCACAGGAGGAAGACACCAGUCACAGCACGGCCAGACCCUUGACAGCCACACACACUCGGGCACUGGACGUGGACAAUCAGCUUCUGGGUCCAGGACCACCACACGUCGGGGAUCCACUAGCAGUCAGGCCAGCGACAGCGAAGGACACUCUGGCCAUUCAGGUAGACAGUCUGGCUCUACCCAUGACAGGACUGGAUCCACUUCAAGACAACACCCUGGGUCUAGCCAUGGCCAGUCAAGAGACAGUUCUACACACUCUGGCUCCCAUGGAGGGCACAGAGCCCAGCAUGGGCACCCUGAGGACACCCAGGGACACCCAGACUCUGAUGCAGGAACAAGACAGGGACAUAGUCAUCGACGCUCCACAGACACCUCUAGGCAUCAUGCAGACACAUCCUCUCGGGGACACCACGGUUCAUCCCGUGGAUCGUCCGGACAGAGCACAGGAGGAAGACACCAGUCACAGCACGGCCAGACCCUUGACAGCCACACACACUCGGGCACUGGACGUGGACAAUCAGCUUCUGGGUCCAGGACCACCACACGUCGGGGAUCCACUAGCAGUCAGGCCAGCGACAGCGAAGGACACUCUGGCAAUUCAGGUAGACAGUCUGGCUCUACCCAUGACAGGACUGGAUCCACUUCAAGACAACACCCUGGGUCUAGCCAUGGCCAGUCAAGAGACAGUUCUACACACUCUGGCUCCCAUGGAGGGCACAGAGCCCAGCAUGGGCACCCUGAGGACACCCAGGGACACCCAGACUCUGAUGCAGGAACAAGACAGGGACAUAGUCAUCGACGCUCCACAGACACCUCUGGGCAUCAUGCAGACACAUCCUCUCAGGGACACCACGGCUCAUCCCGUGGAUCGUCCGGACAGAGCACAGGAGGAAGACACCAGUCACAGCACGGCCAGACCCUUGACAGCCACACACACUCGGGCACUGGACGUGGACAAUCAGCUUCUGGGUCCAGGACCACCACACGUCGGGGAUCCACUAGCAGUCAGGCCAGCGACAGCGAAGGACACUCUGGCAAUUCAGGUAGACAGUCUGGCUCUACCCAUGACAGGACUGGAUCCACUUCAAGACAACACCCUGGGUCUAGCCAUGGCCAGUCAAGAGACAGUUCUCCACACUCUGGCUCCCAUGGAUGGCAUAGAGCCCAGCAUGGGAACCCUGAGUACACCCAGGGACACCCAGACUCUGAUGCAGGAACAAGACAGGGACAUAGUCAUCGACGCUCCACAGACACCUCUAGGCAUCAUGCAGACACAUCCUCUCGGGGACACCACGGCUCAUCCCGUGGAUCGUCCGGACAGAGCACAGGAGGAAGACACCAGUCACAGCACGGCCAGACCCUUGACAGCCACACACACUCGGGCACUGGACGUGGACAAUCAGCUUCUGGGUCCAGGACCACCACACGUCGGGGAUCCACUAGCAGUCAGGCCAGCGACAGCGAAGGACACUCUGGCCAUUCAGGUAGACAGUCUGGCUCUACCCAUGACAGGACUGGAUCCACUUCAAGACAACACCCUGGGUCUAGCCAUGGCCAGUCAAGAGACAGUUCUACACACUCUGGCUCCCAUGGAGGGCACAGAGCCCAGCAUGGGCACCCUGAGGACACCCAGGGACACCCAGACUCUGAUGCAGGAACAAGACAGGGACAUAGUCAUCGACGCUCCACAGACACCUCUAGGCAUCAUGCAGACACAUCCUCUCGGGGACACCACGGUUCAUCCCGUGGAUCGUCCGGACAGAGCACAGGAGGAAGACACCAGUCACAGCACGGCCAGACCCUUGACAGCCACACACACUCGGGCACUGGACGUGGACAAUCAGCUUCUGGGUCCAGGACCACCACACGUCGGGGAUCCACUAGCAGUCAGGCCAGCGACAGCGAAGGACACUCUGGCAAUUCAGGUAGACAGUCUGGCUCUACCCAUGACAGGACUGGAUCCACUUCAAGACAACACCCUGGGUCUAGCCAUGGCCAGUCAAGAGACAGUUCUACACACUCUGGCUCCCAUGGAGGGCAGAGAGCCCAGCAUGGGCACCCUGAGGACACCCAGGGACACCCAGACUCUGAUGUAGGAACAAGACAGGGACAUAGUCAUCGACGCUCCACAGACACCUCUGGGCAUCAUGCAGACACAUCCUCUCGGGGACACCACGGCUCAUCCCGUGGAUCGUCCGGACAGAGCACAGGAGGAAGACACCAGUCACAGCACGGCCAGACCCUUGACAGCCACACACACUCGGGCACUGGACGUGGACAAUCAGCUUCUGGGUCCAGGACCACCACACGUCGGGGAUCCACUAGCAGUCAGGCCAGCGACAGCGAAGGACACUCUGGCCAUUCAGGUAGACAGUCUGGCUCUACCCAUGACAGGACUGGAUCCACUUCAAGACAACACCCUGGGUCUAGCCAUGGCCAGUCAAGAGACAGUUUUACACACUCUGGCUCCCAUGGAGGGCACGGAGCCCAGCAUGGGCACCCUGAGGACACCCAGGGACACCCAGACUCUGAUGCAGGAACAAGACAGGGACAUAGUCAUCGACGCUCCACAGACACCUCUGGGCAUCAUGCAGACACAUCCUCUCGGGGACACCACGGCUCAUCCCGUGGAUCGUCCGGACAGAGCACAGGAGGAAGACACCAGUCACAGCACGGCCAGACCCUUGACAGCCACACACACUCGGGCACUGGACGUGGACAAUCAGCUUCUGGGUCCAGGACCACCACACGUCGGGGAUCCACUAGCAGUCAGGCCAGCGACAGCGAAGGACACUCUGGCAAUUCAGGUAGACAGUCUGGCUCUACCCAUGACAGGACUGGAUCCACUUCAAGACAACACCCUGGGUCUAGCCAUGGCCAGUCAAGAGACAGUUCUACACACUCUGGCUCCCAUGGAGGGCACAGAGCCCAGCAUGGGCACCCUGAGGACACCCAGGGACACCCAGACUCUGAUGUAGGAACAAGACAGGGACAUAGUCAUCGACGCUCCACAGACACCUCUGGGCAUCAUGCAGACACAUCCUCUCGGGGACACCACGGCUCAUCCCAUGGAUCGUCCGGACAGAGCACAGGAGGAAGACACCAGUCACAGCACGGCCAGACCCUUGACAGCCACACACACUCGGGCACUGGACGUGGACAAUCAACUUCUGGGUCCAGGACCACCACACGUCGGGGAUCCACUAGCAGUCAGGCCAGCGACAGCGAAGGACACUCUGGCCAUUCAGGUAGACAGUCUGGCUCUACCCAUGACAGGACUGGAUCCACUUCAAGACAACACCCUGGGUCUAGCCAUGGCCAGUCAAGAGACAGUUCUACACACUCUGGCUCCCAUGGAGGGCACAGAGCCCAGCAUGGGCACCCUGAGGACACCCAGGGACACCCAGACUCUGAUGCAGGAACAAGACAGGGACAUAGUCAUCGACGCUCCACAGACACCUCUGGGCAUCAUGCAGACACAUCCUCUCGGGGACACCACGGCUCAUCCCGUGGAUCGUCCGGACAGAGCACAGGAGGAAGACACCAGUCACAGCACGGCCAGACCCUUGACAGCCACACACACUCGGGCACUGGACGUGGACAAUCAGCUUCUGGGUCCAGGACCACCACACGUCGGGGAUCCACUAGCAGUCAGGCCAGCGACAGCGAAGGACACUCUGGCAAUUCAGGUAGACAGUCUGGCUCUACCCAUGACAGGACUGGAUCCACUUCAAGACAACACCCUGGGUCUAGCCAUGGCCAGUCAAGAGACAGUUCUCCACACUCUGGCUCCCAUGGAUGGCAUAGAGCCCAGCAUGGGAACCCUGAGUACACCCAGGGACACCCAGACUCUGAUGCAGGAACAAGACAGGGACAUAGUCAUCGACGCUCCACAGACACCUCUAGGCAUCAUGCAGACACAUCCUCUCGGGGACACCACGGCUCAUCCCGUGGAUCGUCCGGACAGAGCACAGGAGGAAGACACCAGUCACAGCACGGCCAGACCCUUGACAGCCACACACACUCGGGCACUGGAAGUGGACAAUCAGCUUCUGGGUCCAGGACCACCACACGUCGGGGAUCCACUAGCAGUCAGGCCAGCGACAGCGAAGGACACUCUGGCCAUUCGGGUAGACAGUCUGGCUCAACCUAUGAUAGGACUGGAUCCAGUUCAAGACAACAUCAUGCGUCCUCCCAUGGACAAUCUGGAGAUAGCACUAGGCUCUUGGGGUCCUAUGAAGGGCCAACAGCCAGCAACAGGUUGUCCCAAUCUUCCCAUGGUGCGUCAGGAUCUGGCAGUACACAUAUACAGAGACACCAGCAUGAACAGGAAGGUGGUAGCUCCAGAAACUCAAGAAAUGGAAAUGGAGAUAGUUCAGCUCAAUCUGUUAACAGUAGGCACCAUGGAUUCAAUAUUAUUCAGGCCAGUGAGACUAAAGUUGGAAUACCUAAAUCCCGUCACGUGGGAUUUAUACACAGACCUCUCUAUGGAGAAGACUUUUCAAGAUCCAAUACAUUAGGCAGUUAUAUAAAUCCUGUGACAUAUGGUCAGUCAGGUGAUAGUUUAAGGCAGGGGGGAUUUAAACAACAAUACUUUUAUUCUGAGUGA